UGACUUGUAGAUGGAUGAAUAGGAGCACAUCUUUAUUUGGAAUUUACCUUUCCUCCAUCUGUCAGCACGCCUCAACUCUCUCUCACUUACACUUACACACACACACACACACACACACACACACACACACACACACACACACACACACACACACACACACACACACACACAUCCUGUCACUUUUCUCAUUUCAUCCACCUUUGAAAGGGAGGCACUUGAAUACACCCAUGUUUAUGUGUGUGUUUGUGUGUGUGUGUGUGAGGGAAGUCCGCACUUGGCCACGCCCCCUGGCCCUAAUUGGGUGUGCAGUUUAAGAGAGGUUGCAUGAGAGCAGUCAGCGUCUCUGCAGCGAUGCUCCUCGUCCUCCUCCUCCUCCUACGAGCGUCCUGCUGCUGCUGCUCCUCCACGCCGUGGAUGAUGGAGAUGUCCAACUACAACUACAACAACCACACCGAGCAUGUACCGGACUACCGCACUGAGCAUGUACCGGACUACCGCAGCACGCACGCCAACAACAACAACACCAUGAUGAUCAUCAACAACAGCAAGAACAAGAACAGGGCAACAACAGGUGGAAGGACAAACAAGUCAGUCACACACAGCGCCUCGGAGCUGAGCUGCCGGGAGCUGCGUUCCACGCGCUACGUGGCAGACGGGCCGUGCCGCAGCGCCAAGCCGGUGAAGGAGCUGGUGUGCUCGGGCCGCUGCAUGCCCUCGCACCUCCUGCCCAACUCCAUCGGCCGCGCCAACUGGUGGAGGAGCGGCGCCUCGGACUACCGCUGCGUGCCGGCGCACUCGCGCACCCGCCGGCUGCGGCUGCACUGUCCCGACGGCGGCACCCGGACUCACAAGGUCCGCGCCGUGACCUCCUGCAAGUGCAAGCGCCUCCGGCCGCACCACAACCGGUCCGAGGCCAAGGAGGUUCCGCGCGGAAAGAAGGACGGCCGCCCGGCUCGGGAGCGCGGCAAGAACGCCACGCCUCUGACCGGCAACUCGUACUGACGCCCGAGGGGGGAAGACGCUCCGGUUGACCGACACAACGCCCUCUGGAGGAGGAGACGUUCAACUCCACAGUUCAUAAGCUAACUGCUGGCUCCACUUUUACAUGACGGACCUUCCAAGUCGGGACGAGGAGACGUGGACUCUGACAUAAACCUGUGACCAAGGAGACGUGGCAUGGACUCUGACAUAAACCUGUGACCAAGGAGACGUGGCAUGGACUCUGUUAUAAACCUGUGACCAAGCAAACACCCGCUAGCUUUAAGGCGCUCCAAAGGAACUGUAAUCCAUCUGCUUCUGCCUAGACGGGACGCUGACAGCUCGGGCUGGGGGUACUGUCAU